AGCUCGUGUUCCUGAAGGAGCACACGUAACGCACCUAGGGGCUGCCUACAGCCAUUUAAUAUGAGUGCGAGCCGAAGUUACGCCACAUAGCCCGGAGCAGCAGUUUUUAAAAGGGGGUGGAAGUUUUGGGGGGGAGUGCAGAGUGAGUGAGGACCACCAUGGGAAAAGUCACUAAAGAUAGCAAGACCAACCCGGCAGCGACUGCGAGCCUUUUGUCCAAGAUAUUCUUCUGGUGGCUGAAUCCGCUGUUUCGCACAGGAUACAAACGCAGGCUGGAGGAAGAUGACAUGUACGAAGUGCUCACGGAGGAUAAGUCGGACAAUCUGGGACAGGAACUGCAGAGAUACUGGGAUUAUGAGGUCCAGAAGGCCACCAAAGAGCUGCAGACACCUAGACUCACCAAAGCCAUCAUUAAGUGCUACUGGAAGCCAUAUGGAGUGCUGGGAUUCUUCACCCUCGUUGAAGAGGUCAUUAAAGUGGUCCAGCCGGUUCUCCUGGGGAAGAUGAUUGAGUACUUUGAGACGUACGAUCCAGAAAACACGACAGCUCUGUACGAGACUCUGGGUUACGCCGCCGGCCUGUCUAUCUGCACCAUCGGCCUGGCCUUGCUCCAUCACCUCUACUUCUACCACGUCCAGAGGACGGGCAUGAAGAUCAGAGUGGCCAUGUGUCACAUGAUCUACAACAAGGCUCUGCGUCUCAGCAGUUCGGCCAUAGGAAAAACCACCACCGGCCAGAUUGUCAACCUCCUCUCCAAUGACGUCAACAAGUUUGACGAUGUGACCAUCUUCCUGCACUUCCUGUGGGUGGGGCCCCUCCAGGCAGCGGCCGUCGUGGGCCUGCUGUGGUCGGAGAUCGGUCCGUCGUGCCUGGCUGGAAUGGUGGUCCUCAUGUUCCUGAUGCCUAUGCAAACCAUGUUUGGAAGACUCUUUUCGAAGUUCAGGAGUAAGACGGCUGUUCUGACCGACAGCAGAAUCCGCAUAAUGAACGAGGUGGUGUCCGGAAUCAGGAUCAUCAAGAUGUACGCCUGGGAAAAACCCUUUGCUGCUCUGGUCUCUGAGGUCAGAAGGAAAGAGAUCUCCAAGAUCAUGAAGAGCUCCUACCUCCGAGGCCUCAACAUGGCCUCCUUCUUCUGCGCCAGCAAGAUCAUCCUCUUCAUCACCUUCACCCUCUACGUCCUCCUGGGAAAUAAGAUUUCAGCCAGCCGCGUGUUCGUGACGGUGUCGCUGUACACCGCCGUGCGGCUCACCGUCACGCUCUUCUUCCCGAGCGCCAUCGAGAAGCUGUUCGAGAGCCGCGUCAGCAUCCGCAGGAUUCAGGAAUUCUUGAUGCUGGAAGAGAUCACAAAAAGCACAUCUGCACUGCCACAGGAUGAGAAGAAGGACGCCUUCGUGGAAAUCCAGGACCUGGUCUGCUACUGGGACAAGGUCAGACACUUUGAGAAGCUACGAGUAAAUUCACGAGAAUAA